UCUCCCUCUCUCUCACACAGACUGUCAUCGCUCCGGUCUCUGAAAUCUCGGGCGGCCUGAAUUUCUCCCCCAACGAACAGAAUUACGCUUUCAGUUCUCCACCGGAUCGGCCCCGAACGCCCGCGCCCUUUCGCUGUUGUAUGUAUUGUACACUGGUACGUUUCCAAUCUCAGAGCCAGUCCAUUGGCCUGUUUUCCGAAGAUCUCUACCCCAUAUCGGCAUCCUACAUGAAUCCUCAGGGUUGAUCUUAGAAACAAGGCAUUUGGGAAGGUCUCGUCAUGAGCACCUGGUUAGAGCCACUCAAAGGUGAAAAUAGCGGAUUAUGUUCAAAUGGGACUCGUGGUGAAGAUGUUGAACAGCUCAGGAGCGAGAGUUUUGGGGGUAUGGCUGAAGGUUACCCGAGUGACCAGCAAACUUCUCUGGUGGAGUGGUUAAAUGGUGUGCUUCCUCAUUUAAAUUUGCCUUUGGAGGCUUCGGAGGAGGAAUUGAGAGCACACUUGAUUGAUGGCACUGUUUUAUGCAGCAUCUUGAACAAGCUCAGGCCUGGUUUGAUAGAAAUGGGAGGCAGUUCUGAGACCGUCCCAAAUGUCAGAAAGUUUUUGGCAGCUAUCAAUGAAAUAGGAUUUCCUGGCUUUGAACUAGCAGAUCUAGAUCAGGGAUCUAUGGUGCCAGUUUUGCAGUGCCUUAAUACUCUUAGAGUGCAUUUGAACUCUAAUGUUGGCACAGAAAACUUCCAAAAUCAAUUAAGAAAAAGAUGGGAUCUGUUAGAGGUAGGCUUUUCAAAGGAAAUUGAUCACUCUGAAGGGCCCGUUUCGUCAUCUGUACAACAUCCAGCUGAAAAUGGGGGAGAGUGGCAUAGAGGUUCAGUUGAUGCCGAAUUUCAAUGUGCUUUGCAUGAUCCUUCAGAGCCAUCAGAUGCUUUAAUACAUCACCUUGGAUAUAAGUUUAAUGAGAUGUUGCAAUCAAACCAAGGAUGUUUUCCUGAUUCUUCUGAUGCCAAAAUUGUAGAUUUAAUCAAGUCAAACAAUUUGGAUAAGGCUUCUACUCGAUUACUUUUCAACACUGUGAAUAAGAUUUUGGAUGAUAGCUUGCUAAGAAAGAAUGGGGACGUACCUAAUCCUGUGGCAUGGUUGUUGAGAAAAGUCAUGCAAGUGAUAGAAGAGCGAAGUUCAACCGUAGCAGGAAACUUAAAAACUCAAAAUAAGCUUUUUAAGGUUCGUGAGGAGAAGUAUCAAUCAAGAAUAAGAGUGCUCGAAACGCUUGCAACAGGGACUAGUGAAGAAAUUGAGGUUGUUGUGAAACAACUUCAAGAGCUAAAGAUUGAGAAGACCAAAAUAGAAGAUAAAAAGAAACUUGAAGAGCAAGACAUGCUAAAAUUACAGGAAGAGAAGGGUCGUAGUGAUAUGGAAAUUUUGACACUAAAACAAGAACUAGAAAUGACCAAAAGGACACAUGAGGAUCAUUGCUUGCUAUUAGAAUCAAACUCUAAGGAAGCUAAAGUUGAGUUGGAGAAAAAGUUGGAGGAACUUGAGUGCCUUUUAACAAGUUCAAGAAAGAAGGUAGAAAAACUUGAGGCAUUUUCUGAAUCUAAAUCACUGAGAUGGAAGAAGAAAGAGCGAAUCUACGUGAGCUUUAUAGAUUAUCAAUUUGGAGCCUUGCAGGAAUUGAAGGGAGCUUUAGAGUCCAUAAAAUAUGAAGUCUUGAAGACAAAAAUAAGUUAUCCAGAGGAAUUCUAUUACCUGGGAUUGAAGAUUAAAGGACUAACAGAAGCUGCCGAAAAUUACCAUGUAGUUCUAGCUGAAAAUCGUAGGUUGUAUAACGAAGUUCAGGACUUGAAAGGAAAUAUUAGAGUGUAUUGUCGCAUAAGACCAUUUCUUCCAGGACAAAGUAAGAAGCAGACCAUUAUGGAAUAUAUUGGUGAAAAUGGUGAAUUAGUUAUUGUGAAUUCCUUUAAACAAGGGAAAGAUAGCCGUAGGCUGUUCAGGUUUAACAAGGUUUUUGGUCCAACAUCUACUCAAGAGGAGGUAUUUAUGGACACUCAACCAUUAAUCCGGUCUGUCCUUGAUGGAUACAAUGUAUGCAUAUUUGCUUAUGGUCAAACUGGCUCAGGAAAGACCUAUACGAUGAGUGGGCCUAAUAUAAUGUCAGAAGAGGACUGGGGAGUUAACUAUAGAGCUUUAAAUGAUCUUUUUCAAAUUUCUCAAAGCCGGAAAAGCUCCAUUGCAUAUGAAGUUGCUGUUCAAAUGGUUGAGAUAUAUAACGAACAAGUCCGUGAUCUACUCUCAAUCAAUGGCCCUCAAAGAAGACUAGGGAUUUGGAACACCACACAACCAAAUGGGUUGGCUGUCCCUGAGGCAAGCAUACACCCUGUUCAAUCAACUGCUGAUGUCCUGGAGUUAAUGAAUAUUGGUUUAAUGAAUCGGGCAGUUGGUGCCACGGCCCUGAAUGAAAGAAGUAGCAGAUCCCAUAGCAUUCUCACUGUUCAUGUUCGAGGCACGGACUUGGAGACUGAUGUUGUUUUGCGUGGCAAUCUACAUUUGGUAGAUCUUGCUGGUAGUGAAAGAGUGGGUCGGUCUGAAGCAACUGGGGAUAGGCUUAGGGAGGCACAACAUAUAAACAAAUCACUAUCAGCUCUUGGAGAUGUAAUUUUUGCUUUAGCACAGAAGAGUCCACAUGUACCAUACAGAAAUAGCAAACUAACUCAAGUACUUCAGACUUCUUUAGGCGGUCAAGCAAAAACCCUUAUGUUCGUACAGCUUAAUCCGGAUAUAGAUUCCUACUCCGAGACUAUAAGUACCUUGAAGUUUGCGGAGAGAGUUUCUGGUGUAGAGUUAGGUGCUGCUCAGAGCAACAAAGAGGGAAGAGAUGUUAGAGAACUUACUGAACAGGUCGCAUCCCUCAAGGACAUGGUUGCAAAGAAAGAUGAAGAGAUUGAGCACCUGCAGCUUCUCAAGGCUAAUGCCAAUGGUACAAAGCAUGGUAUGACCUCAUUUAGGUAUAGGUCUUCCUCUCCAAGGAGACCUUCCAUUGGGACUUCUCGACAAAGCCAACGACUGACAGGAGCAAAAGACUCAGGGAUUUUGGAGAGAGCAGCUUCAGAUAUGGACAACUGUUCAGAGAGCAGCGAUAAGCACUCUGAAGCUGGUUCUCAGCCGUCAAUGGAUGAAUUUCGUAGAUGCCAGAAGGAAUUGUCUCCUCAAUCGAAGCUAUCUGGAGGGGAUGUAGGUCAGGAUUUUAACGAAGACAUUGAUCUCCUGGGCUUUGGGGUUGCAGAUUCUGAGGAAAGAUUAAGUGAUAUAUCUGAUGGUGGGCUUUCAAUGGGAACAGAAACUGAAGGCUCAAUAUGCAGUGUUGUGGAGUACACCCUAUUCCCUGAAGUAGCAAAACCACCCAAAAACACAGCUUCCGAGUGCACACCAGCUCGGAACAAAGUGAAGCCACCUCUGCUUGAACGCAGGCCGAGUUUACCAUCUAAACUUCCAAAGCCUCCCCAAAAGCUGGUGCAGACCAACUCGUCCCGGCUUUCGCUGACCAGAAAGUCCUCAAAGAUCUCAUCACCAAGUGCUAGGAAAACUUCUGCUAGCAGCUCCUCUGCACUCAAGCCCCGCAAAGGGAGGCAAUGAAUUUGAAGGCAAAUUGGUUGGCAGGAGGAGAAUUCCUAUGCCCUGACUAGCUUGUAUCUAUGGUAGGAACCCACUGUAGUUUGUACUCUUUAACUGAAUUGUUUUACAUAGUGAUAGUGCAUUGUAAGAGAUAACUGCAAAACUUCACUUUGUAAUAUGGGUAGUUUAGGAUCAUAGUGUAACUUCCAUUUAUUGUUUUUCUCCA